UUAAAGCAAAACAACCGCCCAAAAUAACGCCGAAACAAAACCAAAAAAACCUUGCCUCUCCCACUUCCCCUCUAGAUUCUUUGGAGAAAUGAGCAUAACUUUCAGUUUGCUUACUUGACCUCUGAGCAGUUUUCAGACCACAUUGCUGAAGUCUGUCCUACUUCUCAGUCCUUUGUCUUGCUUUUGCAGUUAAUGCAUUGAUCUUGCAUCUUUUCCUCUUUUAUGUUCCUUGCCUUUUUUUCUUCUCUGCUCUACUUUUACCUUUUCUGGAACACACACAAAAAAGAAACUUCAGAAAGCUUUAAUAAAAAUUACACCUGUGGUACAGAUCAUCAUAUUUCUGUCUGCAUUCCAUGUAUCAUAUGCUGUGACACCAGUCUCUUCGUAGCUAGAAUGCUUUCUGCCUCUCCUGCAAUUGUUGGUCUGUUUUUUCAAUGUAUUCUGUCUGGUGGGAACACUGGUUUUAGUUGUGUUACUGAUUUCUCAUAAGAAAGCAGUUAAUGCUUUCCUUUUGGAAAUGAUACCUUCUUUCCCCACCCCGCCUCCCCUCUUGGAAAACUCAAGCCGUUGUUCAUUUGGGUGAGAACAUGUAGCAUUGGGAGUGAGUCAGCUAUUUGCAGUCAAAAUUUUAUUUAGUGGUUCUUUUGAAAAAGUGAAUUUAAUCCAAAGCCAUCAACAGCCAGGUACCUUUCUUUGAUAUGCCUUUGCCUAUUUCUGAUGUAAAGAAUGAACCUUUAAAAGCAAUAAACUAGGUGGUGUGUUGUGUUUUGGGUUUUAUUUUUUUCUAAUGGAAGGUUUAAUUGGUAUUUGUAAGUUUACACAUUUUAGACAAAUUGGGCACUUCCAGAAUUGGUGGAUUUGUAGCUGCCAGCUACCUCGUGUCUGUAUUUAUAUAACAUAUAAUUUGUGAUGGUUUGGCUGAAGUGCAUUGCAACAUUUUCUUACUUGAUUUAAUUUGAAUUAUUUUGAUGCCAUUAAAUCUUUUUUCUUACACUAACACUGCUAAUCUAUAUUUAAUCAAUUAAAAUAAUGGAACCGUACAGUUCUGAGAUGUGAAUUUUUGGGAAAAUUUCAGCGUAAACUACUGAGAGAAUGAGAAAUAACUCAGACUGUUACAUGGUUGGUGACAUAAUGUAAGAGACUGACUUAUUCACAAAGCAUGAAGAAGAGCUGGUUGGUUGCUUGGUUGUAUGUGGUGCAAGUUGAUCCUGCUGCAGUUAUUCCUCCUUGUCUGUAUGCUGACUAUUUGUAUCUGUGAUAAUCGGCGUAUCCAGUUAUAAGCAGAUAUAUUUUGCGGCAGGAAAAAAGUGGUGGAGGGAAUUGGCUUGAUCUCUGACACCAGAGUGUGUAACAUGAAGGAUGACUGUAAAAAUAUUCCUGCAGUGAUUUUAAAUGUGUUGGGUUUCCGUUUUGCUCACGCUGGAACCAAGUCUAAGUGUAAUCAAUUAUGAAAUUUUAAAAUGUCUUCGACUACUGCAUAAAGUCAAGAGCCUCCUCAAAACUCUUCUGUUACCUGAAGAAGAUUUUGAAGUACUGCUGCUUACUCUCCUCCAGAAAACUCACAUUGUUUUCCAGGUAUCUAUGUUUGAUCGGUGUUUACUUAGUAAUUGUUUUCAUUUUCUUGUGGUUUCUCCUAGAUGCCAGAAUUUUAUUUUUCUUCUGUUCUUUUGACCCAACUGAUCAUGGGAUAGAAGUUAUAUGAAAGAUGUAUUUCUUGCAAUGCUGGAAGUAUGAAAGUGACUUUGUUGUUUUGUAUUUUCUUUAAAGCUGCAUAGCUCAUUUCACUAGCUGAUCUCAACUUCUGCAGGAAUGAGUACUCCAUUCAAUGGUUAAAAUACCGGCUUUCUACAUUGCCUUAGUGUUAAUGCGAUUUGUAACUUGUUGGUGUGGUUUGGUUGUUUUUUUUACUAAAUGGAUAUGUACCUUCAGCUCAGUUGAACAGUUGUAAAUGAAUGUAUAGUAAACUCCGUUCUAUGAAAUAUGUGUCAUAUACCAGCUCUCAAGUAGCAUUCCCAUAUUCAAACAGUUUCAUGAAGUUUUUCAGCGUUUACUGUUUUAAAUAGCGAUAAAAAUAAAAAGCCUUUUUAAAUUUAUACUAGUGCCAAACUAUAUAAAUGGGUAACUUAGUGGAUGAUGUUGAGACAAUGCACAAAUAACCAGUGCUUCGGAUCUCUUGAUAUAAUGCAUGUUCUCUGUCCUAAUUUAUGACUUUUCAAAAUUUCUUAACAGAAGCAUCCCAACCUUCGGCUUUUAAUAUAUGCUGUAUGGAUAAAAUGUAAACAUGGUUUUGUGAUGUAUAAACUAUGCAGUUUGAGUUUAAAAAAUGUACAUAUAUAUAUAUUGUAUGUUUGUUAACUCUGAAAUAUUGAAGGAAUGGCUAUGCAGACAUAAGGAAGGUUUUAGUUAGCUGCUUUGCUCCCUGAUGAUUAUCAGAGAUGUGUAGGUAUGCUGAUUUAACACAUUGUUUUCAUUUCAGAUUAUUAUUCCUGUAUUUUUAAGUGGCAGAAGUGAGAAAGGGAGGGGGGGAGAAGGGUUUGUUUUCCCCCUGCAGUUUCUACUGAUUAAAAAUUAUUAAGAGGAGAUGAAACCUGGUAGAGGUAAACGCAUCUGUUACUGGCUUGACUUGAGAAUAGAACAUGAAAAAUUGGCUGUUGUUUUUCCAAUUGUCACAGGCAUAAAAGCUGUUAUAAUUAGGAUGGGAGCAGCUCAGACAGUAGAGCUGUGAAGUUAUUGUGAAGAUGUGGAAGUGUAUCUAGGAGAUCUUUCCAGGGUCAUGAAAAUUGGAUUAAUAUGGGAGAGAGGGCUGAACCUUGUGGAAUGACUUUGGGAGAUAAACUGGCACUUGGAACUUGUCAGAUUCUGCUGGACAGGACUUAACCCAGUUCUAUUAAUCCCUUUCACUUUUUCAAGAUAGAAUGUCUUUAGAAUAUCUUCAUUUAAAAUUCUUAAACAUUGUGGUGAAGUACAGCAGGUUGCAGUGACUCAUUUCUUUUAGGUUUUGAUAGGCAAAACUUGCCACUGUGAGGAGCUGUGUAAACCAAAAGCGUGGAAAUGUGUGAUGUUGGUGGCUGGCUCUUCAGUUCCCAGGUUAAUCUAAGUCAUUGGCAGUUUUAAGGUCUUUAAAUGUGCAGGUAGUUGAUGGAGUCAUCACUAUUAAUGAGAAAAGCCUACACUAAAAGCUCUUUGCUGUUCUCCCAGUAUAAGACAAACUGCCAGCAUCACUGACUCCACCUUUUCUGACCAACAGUUUCUUCCCCCAUUUGUUGUCUGCUGGGCUGCAGUCUGAGGACAGAGCAUCAUUUCUCAUUGUUGGGUGGUGUGUCCCUCUUUGAACUGUGCAGUGGUUCACUUCUGACAAAUCUCUAAAAUAACUCCUUGCCACAACAUCACAGUGUUAGGACUCAUGGAGACAGUCAUAGUCACCUUGAUUUGUCUUUUCCGAAACCACUUUCUGUUGUGUGUAUGUUUUUUUCCAUAUGAAGAUUAAAUUUACAGUCAUCUCAUACUACUAACCUGUAACGAUAUAUUAGAUUUGUUACAGCCUUAUCAAAAAAUGUUUCAAACAUCUAUGUCCUUACAGUCAGCAUCAAAUGUACAAGUCAUUGCAUUUAGAGCAACAUUCUCCUGCUAAGUUAGUGUUACACUUUAGUUCCUCAAAUGCUGUGACUUUGAAGUACUGAAAUAAUGUGAAAUGAAAACUUAUAGCCAUGAUGUGUCUAGUUAGCAAUGUUUUUAUAUUGCUAUUCAAUCACUAUGAUACUUGCUUCCUUUCCUUCAGAUUGCACAUCAAACACUCAUUAAAAACCUUUGAUUGUCACUUUAAUUAGUAGUGUAAUGGUUUUGAUCUUCCUAGUGGGAGGCUGUGAACAAAGUACUUAUUUGGAAGCUUUUUAUUCUGCUGCCCUGCUUAUAAUCUGUUACAAUGUAUACUCUGAACUGCUUGUGUUCCUUGGAGUAGUAACUUUCUUCUGGCAUUUCAGAUACUCUCCACUUUUACCUUCAGAUUUGUUUGGAAUUGUUGUGCUGUUCAUUCAGUGUAACAAUGUUAAGUCUCAAUCUCUAAUGCUUUACUGUAUUUUUGUAACUUUAUGAUUCUAUACUAUCUAUAUGAUAAUUAGUAUUAAAACAGAAGCCAAUGAAAAUGAUACACUGCUUUACUUAGAUGCACAAAUCACACACACAACCCUAACAAACCUGUACCCGAAGACAAGGGGGUAGUGGAGAGGGAAGGAAUUAAUAUAAUUUAAGUAUAUAGAACUCCUGACCCCAUUAAAAAAUGGGCUGUUCUUUGUCUACAUAAAACUGAGGUGCCCACUAAGUAUUUUCUUGUUUUUACCUGCCUAAAUUACCCUGUGUAGCCAUCUAGCUGUAUGGGUGACCGGUAAUUUGUACCUGCGUAGGAGUGGUUUAGUAUAACCAUAGCAAGAAUUAGAAUUCUGUUGUAGGUGCUUUUAUGUGUAAUAGCUGGAAUCUGAUUUAUGUCUAUGCUAUUUAAAGACAAGUAGCAAAAUGUUUUGUUAUUAAAUUAACAUGUUCCUAAUGCUGUUUGGUGGGUAGUUCUUAUUUGCUGUGCCUUGUAAUUUAGUGAUACUGCUUUUGUGUUUUCACAGUAUUGGUUGGGAUUAUCCAUCCUGGUCUUUUAAUGGAUAAAGAACACAUGCGUGUGCAUGCAUGCACAUACUCUCACACUUAAAAAACAUUUAGGUGAAUAAAAUCAUGUUGCUCCUUCUCCCCAGUUACUUGGGAGAGCAGUUAGGUGAGGCAGCUCAAAACUUUUGUGUUGAAACAAUAUAAACUAGUGAUAAUCAUCUGGCAGCUGCAUCUCUUCUGUUCACCACACCUCACCACCAGCAGUGGUCCAGCCCUUUGCUGAUAAUCCCAGUUUGAAGGGCGCUACUUUCCAGCUCCUGACUGGAGGCAGCCUUGCUCAGUUUGCGUUUGCUUUGAAGGAGGAGAGAGCUGGGCUGGUGUCUGCCUGCCCUCCUUACUCUGCUCUUGCCCUUGUGUGAGGAGUCCCCUGCUCUGUGUGGAAGCUGCUUUGGGGUGGAGCAAGGAGUCCUGUGGCUCCAAAAUGGGGUCUUGGCAGCUUGAAAGCACACUUUUUCCCCACAAUGAUACUUCACAAUGCUCUCCCAACUAUUUAAAUUUAUAGCUUGGAUCCCUAAAGCAUUUACUCAAAGUGUGUAGCUACUGGUGUUCUGUGGUGAAGACGACAAAGUGCAGAUGUCUCCUUUCCCUCCUUGUCUCUAAAGCAGCAGUUCACAGUUAGGCUGAGGUAAGAACACUUGUGAGUAGCAAAAGCCUUGCAGAAGCAGGUCUCAAAAAUCAGAAAUGAGUGGAAAACCUGGGAACUGGCCAGAGCCUGGCUUCUCUCCUCAGGGGAGUAUUGAGAAGGUGUUCUUUCAUCUCUGCCUGUGAUUGCCUUUGUCCACGGCGAAAUCUGAGCUAUGGAAGCUCCUGGUUAAGCAGAGAGGUCCUUGUCUGAUGUUUGCAGAUGAAAAGUUACUGAGGAAAGCAGGGCAGUCCUUACACAGACUUUACAGGACACCCUUCAAAAUACUUUACAGAAGAAAGGUGAAAACUGAUGUUCAGCAUCGUGGGGUGUUUGCAUGUGGGAGCAUACUCAACAAUGACAGCCAAAAUGCAUAGACUAGGGGUCAAAUUCUGACAUGGCAAUUAAGCAUUAUCUGUUUCUAGAAGAGGAAUUUCUGGUACCGAAUGCUUUUACAAUCCCAAUCUGCAUUUGCCCUCUUUAUCUAAGUAUUCUGAAAAUAACUGUUUCUCAGUUAAGGAGGGAACUUGUCUUCAGGUUUCAUUGUAAAGUAAUGAAUGAAUGCCCUGUAUGUGUACAUGUUUUGUCAGGCCAUGUCUCUCCUCUGUAGAGUCGUUUCAACUCCUGCAUCUCCGGGAUGCAGCUGCGUCCCCUGCAAUCUCAAAGAUCACUUUGCAUUUUUGCCUUCUAGUUUUUGGACCCCGCCUGUUUAUGCACUGCUUCUCAGAGGUUCUUGAAAUGUUCAGAUAAGCGAGCAUGCUGGUGGGUUUAAGUUAACUGUACAGGAGAGGGGGAAAAAAAUAGAGGGGUCAAAGUUUGAAAACCCAUUCUUAUUCCAUUUUGGUUUUUGAAAUCUGAAUGCAUGAGUGCCCCUUAGAAUUUGCAGUAUAGCUGAGCCGCUGCUGCGGAGACCAGGUUGGAUUCCUGUCUGUUGGAAGAGCAGUUGUCAGCUUUGUUAUUCUGGCAGCUAGGGACAGCAAAGGCAAGUGCUCAGGUGUGCCCUUAGGGAUGGUAGUGGUAUUCCUGUUUGAGGAAAAGCAGCUGUCCUGUUUACAUAACAAAUGAUGGUCACAUGGAAUGAGCUAUAUCUGUGUUGUCUGUGAGCAGUGUGGCUUAGCCUCACCCCUUUCCCCUAGAAACUUAGCUUUAGUUUCAGGGUUUUAUUCUUCCACUUCCUCUAUUACUUGGUGGAUUUUGUAUUUCUGUGUAUGCUGCAAUCUCUGUAGUACCCAGAUCUGUUUGCAUAUACCAGUUUCAUCUAACACAAUUAAAAAAUGACAUAAUACAAAUUCCAGUGUUCCAGAAAUAAAGAAGUGGGUUAAACGGAGAACUCAUGGUAGCCAGACUGGGCAUCCCUGAGUGAAGCAGAGGUGGGGUCCCAGCCAGGAGCUCUGCUCAGGUGCCUGCUUUUCUCAUCCAGACUCUGCUUUAAACGUGGAAUAGAACUGCUUAAACCCAGCUUUUGUACAAGCACAAAUUAGCAGUCAAAUCUCAAAAUGUUUUUGUGCUUAAACCCAAAACUAAGAUCUGAGCUACUCUGUUUAAUAAAGCAUUUACCACCUUUUAGGUAAGAACAAGUCAAAAUCAUAGAACCUGGAAUGAUUUAAUUGAUGACGCAAUAUGUGUUCAUUGUCAGAUAACUUAUCUUUGCCACCAAUAGAUCCAUAGAGAAGUUCAUUUUCCUACAUCUAUCAGGAAAGUAACGUCAGUUUUUCUAAUGCAUUUGCUGUUGCUCAUAGCCAUUCACACAAUUUCUAGCAAGUUAUUUUCUAAAGUCUUUGGUUUCUACCUAGACCACUUUUCUUUCUUAACUUUCUUUUCUUUUUUUUCUCAGACUGAGAAAACUCAGGUCUGGAAUUUGCAUAGUACUUUUCAAAUCUCUAGAAUUUAGCUGCAAACAAAACCCCCACAGUCAUGGGAUAAGAAAUUAGACUUAGGCUGUUGCUAUAAUCUGAUCUGGAGGUGUUCCCCGGCCUUGGGCAAUGUGCCUUGACAAUGUGUUUCAUGACAUUUGAGCAGUGUGAGUCGUGGGCCACAAGGAAACCUUCAGCAUUGCAAAAACCAUAGGUCCCAAAAGCUUGGUUUCAGAUAUUUUGUGUGUGGCUUGGGUAAAGAUCUUUUUUUUUCUCUCUUGCCAUUUGGUACUUGCUCACCGACGACCAGGAACUAUUUAUUUUUCCUCAUUAUUUGAGAUGAGACCUUUCCAAAUUGGUCCACAUGCAAGUAAGUGGAGAGCAGCAGCAAUCUUUGUCUACUCUGUCUUCAGAAACUAAAAACACACCUUGGAGGUUGCAAACACUCGGCAUGUUACCGAUUUUUAUUUACAGUAAAUAUUUGACACACAUCAAGCCUUUUUCUGCUUUGAUUGAACUGCCAAAUUGCAAACUACCUUGGGUUAAGUAUCCAAGCUGUAGUGAGCUUGGUAGACUAGCAAAUAGUUCUUGUCUAUCUAAACAGAAAUGUGACAUGUAAAUUGGAAGGAAAUUUUGUUAGAGAAUAAGCUUUUUUUCUAAGGUGCUUAUAUAAUACUGAGAAUUCGGGGUUUAACUGAAUGUCACUGCAACCUAGAUUUUGUUUUAUUUAAUUAAAUUGUGUGAUCAGGCUAGUGGAUCAAGAUCUUUGGACAGCCUGAAACACAGUGAGUGAUCAUCUCUUUAAAGCGGUCAAAGCCUCCACGGCUUAAGCAUCCUCUGAACAGCCAGCAAGGAGCCGGUGUGGUAAUCUUGCUACAGUGGUUGGUCUGUUCUUGGAGUGACUUCCUCACCAGAGAGCUCCAGCUCGGACAAGUUUUUGUUGUUGGGUCUGUGUGUGGCCCCAGCAAAACAAACCCAAACACCAACCAGCCAAUCUGUGCGCCACAGCCACUCCAUCCUCCUGUGGUUUUCCUUUUCUCUCUCUUGCAGUCCCAAGGAGGCUGAUCUUGGGCACACGUUGUUCUUGUUGGCAUCCCAAAGAUUCUUGGAGGACACUGCAAUGUCAUCACUUUUUUCCCAUAGGACACACAUGGAAGAUGUUGAAGAGGAGAUGUUAAUGGCAGAAGAUCAUGGGCCUGAUUUGAUUCAUUCUCAGGAUUUUAGGAGGCAAAUCAGCGUCAGCAGGGGUGGUUUAGCAUAUUACCACUGCAAGGAGGAGGAGAGAGAAACACCAGUAGCCCAUGAGAGUUUGGAUUAUUUGCCUUCACACAGUAAAGUUUAUAAGAAGUGGCUACAAGAGAAAACACACAGAAAAGAGUGGGAUCGGUGGCUGCUGAUGGGGCUAAUUGGAACAGCAGUUGGGAUGCUGGGGUUUUUGACUCAUCAAAUAAUUGACUCUCUCAUCAAAUUGAAAUGGGACCUGGUGGAAAAUUACUUGCAGGAUGGCAACUUCCACAUGACCUGGCUGUGUGUCCUUGGGUUGGGGCUGGCUAUGGUGGUUCUCUCCUCAAGCUCGGUGCUGUUCAUUUGCCCAGCAGGUUCACCAUCUGGCUUGCCAGAAAUCAUUGGGUAUUUGAAUGGUACUUCUAUUCAACAUCUUUUUAAUAUCAAGACUUUUCUAGGGACGUUUGUCUCAUGCGUGCUGGCUGUAGCCUCUGGGCUCUUCUGCGGGCCAGAAGGCCCCAUGAUCCAUUUGGGUGCUCUCCUGGGUUGUGGCCUGAGCCAGCUGCAGUCGGACACCCUUGGAAUCCACCUUCCGAUCUUCACCAGGUUUCGGAAUUCAGCUGAUAAGCGCAGUUUCAUUACAGCUGGUGCGGGAGCAGGGAUAGCUUCGGUAUUUCGUGCCCCCAUCGGCGGGCUCUUGUUCACAUUGGAAGAAGUGUCUUCAUUCUGGGACAUCAGGCUGGCCUGGCAAACCUUCUUCUGCUGCUUGAUGGCUACCUUCGCCACGGAUUUACUGUCCUCUUCUCUCUAUGGGUUUGUUUACAGAGGUCAUUUUGGAUUUUUUGAAGCAGAGAAAAGAAUUUUAUUUUGGGUUAAGAACUUGCUGGACAUUAACGUCUUGGCCUUCAUUCCGACCAUUCUCCUUGGAAUGCUUGGAGGUCUUCUGGGAGCUCUCUUUGUUUCCGUAAAUAUAAGGAUUAAUAAAUUACGUAUGCAGUUCUUUAAUUCAAUUCCAAAAGUAUCCCUUAGAAAAGCAAGCAAACUGUUGGAAACUGUACUCAUCCUUGUAUGUACGACGACUGUUACAGUGUAUUUGCCAUAUUUCUUUUCUUGCACUCCAGUCAUAAGCGUGAGAAACUACCAGCUGAGCAACAACUCAGAAAUCAUAAAUCAGUUCAAGAGGGAAAUUUCAGAAUAUAGCUGUUCAUCAAGCACGUGGGUUGGUCCAGAUGGAGUCAGAUAUUCUAAUCAAACCUUCAAUCAAGCUGCUGCGCUUCUAGUCGAAAACGGGAAGCAAGGGAUCACGUAUCUUUUUAAACGUGGGACUCAUGAAGAAUUUGGAUACGCAUCCCUCUGCACUGCAUUGGCAUUUUAUUUCAUCCUCAGCUGCUGGACAGCAGGUUCUGCUGUUGCCAGUGGCCUGGUCAUUCCUAUGCUGUACACAGGAGCUUUGUAUGGCAGGAUAAUCGGUUUGAUCCUUGUUUCCAUUUUUGGUGUUCAAACUAAUGAAUAUGGAGCAUGGAUUGAUCCAGGUCUCUUUGCUGCUGUUGGAGCUGCCUCCUUUUUCAGCGGUGUGUCAAGGCUAACCAUCUCCCUCACUGUGAUAAUGGUAGAGAUCACAAAUGAUGUCCAGUCCUUGCUACUGAUAAUGCUGGCUGUCAUGGUGGCCAAGAUGGUUGGUGACUUGUUCAACUCAUCCCUGUACAGUUCCCUCCUGAAGCUGAAAUGCAUUCCCUACUUGAACGUGGAGCCUUUUGUUCGUCACAGGAGAAAAUGGUUGAACCUGGAAUUGUUCUCUGCCAGCGACAUCAUGGAGUCUGGCGUCAGAGUCCUUCACCUAAAGGAAAACGUUGCCUGCUUGGCUCGUCUUCUUGCAAGUACAAGCCAUGGCGGAUUCCCAGUGGUUUGCAGGCCUAAGCCAGACCAUGAAGAGGUGUUCCAGGGAACCAUUAAAAGGUUAGAGCUGUGCAUGCUGCUGGAGAAUGAGCACAUCUUUGAAUCAGAGGCAAACGACGAGUCUCUCUCCUCUUCUCUUCCUCUCUCCUAUGAGAAGAUAACAGUCGAGAAGCUGCCCAAUCCGUUGCGCCUGACCAUGCUGCUGAAUCUCUACACUACAGAUCCGCGGUAUCAGCAACUCUUCAUCAAUCUGGAGCCAUACGUAAAUAAAUCAGCAAUGUCAGUCCAAGCUCAUUUCUCAUUGCAUCGCACCUACAUAAUCUUUCGCACCCUAGGGCUGCGCCACCUCACUGUUGUUGACCUGAAGAACCGAGUGGUUGGGGUGAUCACCAGGAAGGACCUGAUGCCUUUACCACUGGCGGAGAGGCUCAGGCUCCGGCUGGCUACACAGGCCCCUGAUGCAGGUGAGCAGCCCCUGGAUUCAAGGCCAUGGAUGUGUUCUUAGUCUUUGUCACUUCUUUUUGAGCCUGUGUUCUUCUUCAGGAAAAAAUAAUCAGAGAUUUUCCACUUGAUCCCUUCUGGAGAAGAGGUGCUUAAAACCUGUUGUGUCCAGACAUGUGGGAUUGUAGCCCAGAGCUAUGUCUUUUCAGCUGUUUGGUGAUUGCAAAAUUCAUUGAUUUACACGCUUCUGAGACAAAAUAAGAAUUCACGUGUUUAUGGAAGACGUACAUAAAAUCUGAUGUGAAGGAUGGAGGUCAAGAAUGCUCUUGUCACGCUGUGUCUAUGCCUUCCAAUGAAAAAAUGCCAUAACCGUUAGCAGCAGUUAUGUUGGCAAAGACUUUCAGUGAGGACUAAAUCUUCAAAUUCUGAGUAUCUGCGUGUUAAAAAAGAGGAUGUUUCCAUGCAAUGUUUCUAUGUUAAGAUAUGUAUGUUUAACUGAGAGGAAAUGCUGCCUUCAGAGAGGUGGACAACUGAGAGGAACAAGGGAUUGGCCUUUCUUAUUGGACUACAUGCGUUAGAAAUUGAAAGGGAGAACUGUACAUAACAGAAAGUUAUUGACUGUGGGGCUCUUGCCAAAUUCCCAUCACACUUCUCAGUGAGAGAAACUUGACAUGCUUUUCUGCUGCCUACAUUUCUUUCAAUUUCUCCUACUCCUAGAAUAGGCUCUCUUUCUCUCCUUCCACCUGAUAACAUUUUUAAUUAAGUUCAUGUGCAGUGAGAUAUGGGACUAAUAAUUCUAAUAAUGGAGAAGCAACAUGAUAAAUUGUGGGAGUGGUUUUUGUGUAUACAGCAUCAUAUUUACAAAUUGAGCACAGAUUAAAUAAUUCUUUGUGAUUUUUGAGUGAUGUAAUAUUUGAGACCUUGGAAAGUGAUGUUUGUCAAUAAAGGAAAAUGAACAAUUUUUUCAAUAAAGGUGCUUUUAGAUUUUCAUCUA